CGUGGGGGGCGGCGGGGAGUUAGUUGAGGGCUGUGUGGAGAGAGAGAAUGCCAGAAGAGGAGGAAGAUAAAUCUCUCUCUGUCCAACCCUCUGUUCCGUUCCUGGAUUCAUUCUUGGGAGUCUGUCACCGUCCCGCCUGCUGUGCUGCCUCUGGAUCUAAGUCUACUGGAUUACAGCUCCGUUUCUCCACUCAUUACUCCUGACGCUUGCAUUUCCACGGCAGGCAAAGUUGGGCAUCCAGAGACUGUAUGUUGACUGCCUGUUCAUUUCCUCUUUGAAUUUGUAUGCUGUUUGAGCUUCAAAAUGAUUUCACUUUUCACUGGAAGAAGUGUGAUUUUAAUAUGACUGAGAAAAGAGCUCCGUCUCUUUUUUGGGGAUUGUUUACUUAUAGGAUAGGCUAGUGAUUUUGCUAUAUUUUGAACUUCGUUGUCGCUGGUGAUUUGGUUGUGAGGGACAAGAUGAGUGGGGAGGGAGGUUAGAAAUGUAGGAAAUGUUGAUGUCUUUUCAUGUUUUAUUUUGAUCAAACAGACAUUCUAACCUCCCUCACCCGUCUUUCUUUUUUACUGAAGAUGUGACCUUAUUGGUCUCUGUUUUUCAGCAUUGGUGCAUUUAUUUCUCGUCACACUGGAGGGUCCACUUUGGAUGUGUGACUGCACUUGAACUCUCACCGUCCCCUGCUCUUCCCUUUUCCAGGUGGCUCUUAACCUAGACCCUCUCUCUUUAACCCUGCGUAAAACCCCUCUCCCCUCUCUGGGGGCUCUCUCUGGACCUUCCGACCAUUUUCUGUUGCUUGAGGACACAGACAGCCCCGCCAGAAGAGGGGCUGUUGGGUAGGAAGACACCCCCCUCCCAAAGGUGAGAGGGGGGGGAAGAUGGCAGCUCUCGCCAGCUCUCUCAUCAGACAGAAACGGGCGGUCAAGGACGACGGACAAAACCGACCGGUAGCCAACAAGAGGAAGCCUUGUCCCAAGAGCAACAAGUCUCUGUGCCAGAAACAGAUCCUAGUCCUUAUCUCUAAAGUGAGGCUAUGUGGGGGUCGAAAAAGUCGAAAAGAAAAGAGACCGGAGCCCCAGUUGAAAGGCAUCGUGACCAGGCUGUACAGUCAGCACGGAUACUACCUGCAGAUGCAUCCGGAUGGCACCAUGGACGGCACAAGGGACGAAAGCAGCUCCUUUUCACAGUUCAACUUGAUUCCUGUGGGUCUGAGGAUUGUGGCGAUCCAGGGGGCGAAGACAGGGCUCUACCUGGGCAUGAACAGCGACGGGUACCUUUACACCUCUGAACACUUCACCCCCGAGUGUAAGUUCAAGGAGAGUGUGUUUGAGAACUACUACGUGACGUACUCCUCCAUGCUCUACAGACAGAGCCAGUCGGGCCGCUCCUGGUAUAUCGGUAUCAACCGCGACGGACAAGUCAUGAAGGGCAACCGGGUGAAGAAGACCAAAGGUGCUGCACACUUCCUGCCUAGAGUUAUAGAAGUUGCCAUGUAUAAGGAGCCAUCGCUACACGAGCUAGUCAACGAACAGAAAGAGAAAGAGAAAGAGAAAGAGAAAGAGAAAGAGAAAGAAGGCCCUGCCCAGAAUACAGUAAAGACGUCAGAAGAACGUCAUGAAAGAACUUUCUCCAUCAAGAACUGCAGGAAAGAAAAAAAAGCCCCCAAGGCUGAUGCCUCGUAGCACAGGGGACCGAUGGUGGGGGAGGGGCAGCAGUGACACUGAGAACUAAAUAGGGACUUAAUCGCCCAUCAUGCACUUGGGCUGGCUGGAGGAAUGGUCCCCUUUCCCCAGAAGUGCACUGGGCUGCACCAUGAUGAAGUGUCAGGGGUCAACAGCCCAUCAGGUCUGGGUCUAGGAGGAAUUCCUCUCACCUGCCACCAGAGAGGAAGAUAGACUAGGGCCCAAGUCAGCACCACCACCUUUCCUCCCUGUCAAUCACCUUUACCCCUUCUCCUCUAGCACACUCACUACCAAAGGCACAGCCUGUAUAAUCUCUCUGUCAUUCAUCUACUGCCUUCCCAUCACCUGUCCUAGUUUCUAGAAAUCACCUCCACUCGCGCACACGCUUUAAUUUCUAAUUGUUGUAUUUUGAUGUGUGAAUGUGUGAUUGUGUCUGUGUGUAUGAGAGAGAGAGAGAGAGAGAGAGAGAGAGAGAGAGAGAGAGAGAGAGAGAGAGAGAGGUGUGUAACAAUAAUCACUUCAUGUCAUCAUAAUUACUACUCUCGAGUCCACUCUUCUAAUGAAUGGCAAUCACCGUGGUGAAAGUGUGACUAUGCCUGGCCUCCACCAUCUGCCCACCUGCAAAUCACACACCUCACAGCUGGAGGCGGGACAUCAAAAUUAUGUUUUAUUGGACAACAUCGGGGGAUCUAUUUCUAUUUGGUAGCAGGGCUGUCUGUUGAACUGCAGUCAGCAAAUCAAUUUCAAAAAAGCCAAAUCAUCUGUUGAAAGAGACAAGUCAAGCAAGCCCUUUUGGGAUCAGAGUUAUAUCUACAGGCUACAAGAUGACCUUUUCUAUCUCCCUCUUUCAAAGUUCCUUUCUCUAACGAUCAAUCACAAUGAGGAAGGUAAUAAUGGAGGGAACUGAAGAAGUUUAUGAUAAUAAAUCAUGAGGAUGAUGAUGAUAAUAAUAAUUACAAUGGUUACGGUGAUUAUGGUGAUAAUGAUGAUUCAACUACUGUAUAACUUUGCAAUAAUCUCACAGACAGAAAUUUCAGGGUAUUCCAUUAUCUGAAGUGAAUAGCCAUUUUCCCUUCUGGAGCCAUGAAAGCACCAUGUCCAAAAUACUAUGAGAGCCCCGACUUGUACAUGACUGCCAUGUCUGGCCCACAUCACAGUAGCCUGACAGAGAUGAUUUCAGUUUGUGCUCAGCAGGCUGACUCUGAGCAUGUGAGAGAGUGAUGGAGCUAAAUACCCUCUGGGCCCAAAAUGAGGCUAUGUUAUUAUGAUGUAACUCUUUGAAGGUUCUUUCUAGGGGGUUUUAUGGAAUAAAGCCAUCAUUGCUUGAAUUAUUCACCUACAUUUAUGUAAAAUGUUGUAACUAGUCUCUGCAAUAUUUGUACAGUUUUGAGUCUCUUUAAGAGCUGGGCUGUGUUAAAAGAGAAAGUCAGCUUUUUUGCAAGUGUGUGAGAUAGUUACUGAGUGAGUGGUUAUGAAUGUGCCUGCUUAACAAUCUCCCUAUUUGCCAGCCUCCCUAACUCAGCUUGUGGUGCUCUUUUUUGUUGACCAUAAUGCACCAAAAUACAGUAUUUCAGAGACCUCUUAAGGAUUGGACUUAAAGGAAUGCUACUGUGUUAAAUUGAUUAGAUUCUCUGUCACCUGAAAGGUAAUGCCAGUGAUUGUUGAGUGUAUCCUUUGCUUGGCAACUGUUGUCGACAUAAAGCCGAGUUUAAAGCUGACAUCAAAGCCUGAGGAGGCUCUGAGCUGGAGCACCUACUUACUAUUCUACAGACGUCCCACUCCUUAUCCACUCACCAGCCUUAUCAAAUCACCACAGAGGAAUCCACUCGCAAAUAUGGAUUUCUUUGUGUGCGUGGCUGUUUGUGAUUGUGUUCUUCCCCCAGUGUAGCGAUGUUUGUGGGAAUAUGUGAGUUUAUUUUGGGAGUGCAUUGUGUGUGUAUGCCUGUGUGUGCAUGUGUGGGUUUGUGUGCGUGCGCGUGCGUGUUAAGUGGGAGGUGACUUCUGCAAUGUCCUUCACCCUGGACAUAGGGCACUGGGAGGGCUCUCUUUGUGAUGUCCUUCUCUGGGGAGGUGACAUUUGUGGGGCAAAUGGCCACCUUUCAAACACAGCACUGUCACGGUAUUGUUAUUGGCCUGAGAGUGCUGCAGGAAUCAAUGGGCAAUAAAAUCUAAAACAAAAUGUGGACAACAGCACAGCACAACAUAUACAGGAACAGCCCAGUGUACAGAAGGUUGCUUUUCUAGGCAUGGGGAUAUGUACAGUAAAAUACAUAGCAGCGUAGCAUGUUCCUGCCAUGGCGACUAUGCUGUUAGAGUGAGCUAGCAUGCCAUUGUAUAUCACAGAGCAGCACUGCACUGACCUCCUUUAAUAUCCAGCCAAUGUGGAGACUUAUACCACGGUCUCUUGGAGAAUUCUGCUUAGAAAAAGCCAGUCGCAGUGGACUGCCUGUAAAUAUGUUGACCAGCAUUACAGAAGAAUACACACAGAGAGGGAGAAUAGAUACAAAUGUUUCAGAAUGUACAGACUGUGAGAUGGAUGUUUUCUGAAUGUCAUAAAGGACGAGAGUAUGUCUGAGAUGGUCUAGAGCAGUGGAUCCCAAACCUUUAAAAAAAAAUGUUUUACUAGGCAAGUCAGUUAAAACUAAUUCUUAUUUUCGAUGACGGCCUAUGAACAGUGGGUUAACUGCCUAUUCAGGGGCAGAACGAGAGAUUUGUACCUUGUCAACUCGGGAAUUUGAACUUGCAACCUUCUGGUUACUAGUCCAACGCUCUAACCACUAGGCUGCCCUGCUGCCCCGUAUAGUCCUGUAUCCCUUCAAACAUUCAACCUCCAGCUGUGUAACCCCUCUAGCACCAGGGUCAGCUGUAACCCCUCUAGCACCAGGGUCAGCUGUACCCCCUCUAGCACCAGGGUCAGCGCACUCUCAAAUGUUGUUUUUUGCCAUCACUGUAAGCCUGAAACACACAAACUAUACGAUACAUUUAUUUAACAUAAGAAUGAGUGUGAGUUUUUGUCACAAACCCGCUCGUGGGAAGUGACAAAGAGCACUUUAGGACCAGGGCACAAAUAAUAAUAUAAUAAUCAAUAAUUUUGCUCUUUAUUUAACCAUCUUACAUAAAACCUUAUGUGUUCAUCUAAAAUUGUGAAUAACUCACCACAGGUUAAUGAGAAAGGACGCACAUAACUCUACAAUGUUGGCUUGUAUUGGAGAGAGAUUCCGUCUUAAAUCAUUUUCCACACUAUGCCUGUAUUUAGUUUAGUUUUCAUGCUAGUGAGGGCUGAGAAUCCACUCUCACAUAGGUACCUGUUUGCAAAGGGCAUCAGUGUCUUAACAGCGCGAUGUGCCACAGCAGGAUACUCUGAGCGCAGCCAAAUCCAGAAAUCUGGCAGUGGCUUCUGAUUCAAUUCCAUUUUCGCUUGUUGCAAUUUCGGUGAGGCUCUCUUGUUCAGAUAUCGGUAAGUGGACUGGAAGCAGGGCAUGAAAAGGAUAACGAAUCUAGUUGUUUGUGUCGUCCGUUUCAGGAAAGUACCUGUGUAAUUGCUCACCCAACUCACUCAGGUGCUUUGCUAUAUCACAUUUGACAUUGUUCGUAAGCUUGAGUUCAAUUGCACACAACAAAUCAUACAAUGAUGGAAAGACGUGUCUUGUCCUUGUUAAUGCAGACAGAGAAGAGCUCCAACUUCUUAAUCAUAGUCUCAAUUUUGUCCUGCACAAUGAAUAUAGUUGUGGAGAGUCCCUGUAAUCCUAGAUUCAGAUCAUUCCGGCGAGAAAAAACAUCACCCAGACAGGAUAGUUGUGUGAGAAACUCGUCAUCAUGCACGAGGUCAGACAAGUGAAAAUUACGGUCAUCAUAGAAAACUUUAAGCUUUUAAAAAAACGUGGCAAUCCUUUGUGCCUUUUAAUAACCAGUGUACUUCUGUAUGCUGUAAAAGCAUUACAUGGUCGCUUCCUAGAUCAUUGCAUGGUGCAGAAAAUACACAAGAGUUCAGGGACCUUAACAAAGUUAACCAUUUUCACUGUAGUGUUCAAAACGUCUUUCAAGCUGUCAGGCAUUCCCGUGGCAGCAGCAGCCUCUCGCUGGAUGCUGCAGUAUACUCAAGUGGAGUCGGGAGCAACUGCUUGCACGCCCGUUAACACUCCACUAUGUCUUCCUGUCAUGGCUUUUGCGCCAUCAGUACAGAUACCAACACAUCUUGAUCACCAAUGUCCAUUUGAUGUCACAAAGCUGUCCAGUACUUACAAAAUAUCCUUUCCUGUUGUCCUGGUUUCCAGUGGUUUGCAGAAGAGGAUGUUUAAUUGACCCCACAUAAAUGUAACGGAUAUAUACAAGGAGCUGUGCCAGGCCCGCCACGUCUGUUGACUCAUCCAGCUGUAACGCAUAUAAUUCACUGGCUUGUAUGCGAAGCAGUAAUUGUUUCAAAACAUCUCCUGCCAUGUCACUGAUGUGAGGCAAAGGAAGUUCAAUAGUUCUGAGAUAGAAUGUGAGACAAAGGAAGUUCAAUAGUUCAGAGAUAGAAUGUGAGACAAAGGAAGUUCAAUAUUUCAGAGAUAGAAUGUGAGACAAAGGAAGUUCAAUAGUUUUUGAGAUAGAAUGUGAGACAGAGAAAGUUCAAAGUUCUGAGAUAGAAUGUGAGACAGAGAAAGUUCAAAGUUCUGAGAUAGAAUGUGAAACAAACAAAGUUCAAUAGUUCUGAGAUAGAAUGUGAGACAAACAAAGUUCAAUAGUUCUGAGAUAGAAUGUGAGACAAACAAAGUUCAAUAGUUCUGAGAUAGAAUGUGAGACAAACAAAGUUCACUAUUUCUGAUAUAGAAUGUGAGACGGAGAAAGUUCACUAGUUCUGAUAUAGAAUGUGAGACGGAGAAAGUUCAAUAGUUCUGAAAUUGGAUGUGAAGCAGAGAAAGUUAAAUAGUUCUGAAAUAUAAUGUGAGGCAGGGCUCUUAGAUUCUGAUAUUGAGAG